AGGUGAAGGUGACACCAGCUGACGGCAUUACUGCACGCGACUUGUCGCGAGAUCGCCACGCGGAAGUGUAACCCUGCGGAGUUUCGUUUCAGCACGCACGAGGGGCGAUGUGGCUCGCGGCGGGAUUCGUUUGUGCAGUGCUGGUCGCACUUUUCCUUAAGUAUGUGUUUAGCUCAUCCGGUCUGAGCCCCUUUGACGUCGACACGCGCGAGCCGCUUAAGCCGAUGGUUUUGGACAAAAAGGAGAAAGACAAAGUUUUGAAACAAGGCUUUGAGUCCCGCAAAGUCCCGCAAUGCCUCGAUGCCGUUGUGAUCGGCAGUGGUGCCGGGGGCUUGGGCCUUGCAGUUCUGCUGGCGAAGGUCGGGAAGAAGGUUCUGGUUCUGGAACAGCACAGCCGUGCCGGUGGAUGUUGCCACACCUUCUCAGAGAAAGGCUUUGAGUUUGACGUCGGCAUCCACUACGUUGGUGACCUGCAGGAGUCCCGCCCCUUCCGUUGCCUACUGGACCAGCUGACCAAUGGCCAGCUUCAGUGGGAACCGCUGGACAACCCCUUCGACCGUGUGGUGCUGGGGCCCCCAGAGAACCGGCGCACGUAUCCCAUCUACAGUGGCCGAGAGCACUUCGCCCAGGAGCUGAAGAAGUGUUUUCCGGGGGAGGACGAGGCCAUUGACGAGUUCUUGAGACUAACCAAGAAGUGUGAUCGAGGUGUGUGGAUGAUGGCUGUGCUGAAGCUCCUCCCUUUCCCACUCGCUAAGUUCCUGGCCUGCACAGGGCUGGCCGAUUGCCUAUCCCACUUCUUCCGCUACGGCUCCCGCAGCCUGGCUGAGGUGGUGAAUGGCCUCACUCAGAACAAAGACCUCAGGGCAGUCUUGUGCUACGUCUUCGGCACCUACGGAAAGUCCCCCAGAGAAGCCAGUUUCUCCAUGCACAGUUUGCUGAUGUGCCACUAUCUGCACGGUGCCUGGUACCCGAGGGGCGGGGCCAGUGAGAUUGCCUAUCACAUGAUCCCCAUUAUCGAAAAGGCCGGAGGAGCCGUGCUCGUUAGAGCGCCUGUCAACCGCAUCCUCCUCAAUGACAACAACGAAGCUAUAGGGGUGAGUGUCCUGAAGGGGCAGGAGGAGGUGCAUGUCCAGGCCCCCUUAGUCAUCUCAGACGCAGGAAUCUUCAACACCUACAACCAGCUCCUGCCCAGAGAGGUGCAGAAGUUCCCGGCGAUUCAGAAACAGCUGGGCAUGUUGAGGCAUGGUGCAGGUGGACUCAGUGUCUUUCUGGGUCUGGCUGGGUCCAAAGAGGAGUUGGGUCUCAAAGCGGAGAACCACUGGAUCUUCAGCGAGAACAACCUGGACGAGCUGAUGGAUGACUACCUGAAAGGUGAGAGGGACGAGUGUGUGACGAGGGUUCCGAUGGUCUUCGCUGCCUCGCCGUCCGCCAAGGACCCCACCUGGGAGCAGAGGAAGCCAGGCAAGUCCACCCUGAGUCUGGUGACCUUUGCCCCCUACGAGUGGUUUGAGGAGUGGAAAGAUGGCAAAGUUAAAAACCGAGGGCCGGACUAUACGGAUGUGAAGAAGAAGAUUAUCCAGUCUCUUCUGGAGGUGGUGACUCACAUCUUCCCCAAGAUCACGGACAAGAUAGAGUAUGUGGAUGCUGGCACUGCUGUGACUAAUCAACACUACAUAGCUGCUCCCAGAGGAGAGUUCUAUGGGGCUGACCACAACACUGCCCGCUUCACUGCAGAUGUCUGCGCUUCCAUCAGACCACAGACGCCUGUCAGGAAUCUCUUCCUUACAGGUCAGGACCUGUGCUCAUGUGGUCUGGCUGGUGCUCUGGUGGGUGCGAUGAUCUGUGGCUCCGCGAUUCUCAACCGUAACCUUUACAUGGACGUCACGGCCCUCAAUAAGAAACUCAAACAUGCCAACGCCAAGAAAGCGCAGUAACCACGGCAACCAGCACACUAACUGGGACUAAUGCCAGCUGGCAUCAUAUGAUCUAACCAUAGACUAAUCCCUGCCCUCUUCAUCAACCCUUUGCUUUAUACCUUUGUGACAGACUGAAGGAGACCUUGUAAGGAAGUGACUUGUAUAGGGGUGAGACUGUUUCUCUGCAGGAUCCAGUCUACUUACACGCCCAAACGCUCACUUUGAUCUGAGCACUUUGUCCCACUUAUUCAUGCGUGAUGCUGUUUUGUUUUCACAGCACCUUUUGAGUCUCUUCAGUGGCAGUUUACACUAAUUGUGUAGAGGUGGUGUGUGGCCUUACAUAGUUAAUUCACAUUUUUGUAGAAUAAAGCUUGUUUCAAUUAGGGAACCUCCCAACAUCGAAUAUGCUAAUAAGUGCGAGGUGCGGGUUGAGGCUGUUAUGAACCGAUGGUCGCCGUUAUCUGAUAAUAAAACACUGAACUAA